AUGCCCAUCGACCGAAAUACCCCAAACAACUCGCGGCCUCUGAAGCCCACGCUCGCUAGCAACCGGACCGCCGCAAAGACACCAACUACAAAAGCACCCCUUACCCCUCGCCUGGCCCUUGCGCCUUCUGCGCCUACCAGCAGUACUUCACAGACGAGUCGCACUGUGCGCAGCGCCAAUGGAGUUGCUCCGAGGCUCGCCGCUCCCAUCAAGGAGGACACCACCCCUGCCAAAUCAUUCCUCAGCACCAACAUCACCCCGCGCACCUCUUCCCGGAAGUCACGGGUAGGAGUGAGCAGCAAUGCAUCCUCGCCCAAUGUCUCGCCCGCGACGACCCCUAUCAGCUCGCGCCCAUCGUCCACGGUCGAUUAUGCGCACAGAGAGCAUGGUCAUGCUCAAAGUGGGCCUGCAAUAAAUGCGAUCAACAGUGCGCCGGCCGUCCAUCGACCACGGAGCGCUGUGGGAGGCAAAUAUCACAACAUCACGCCGACGCCGCGGCUGCCGCUGUCAAGCAUCUACAAUCACACGCCGCCUGAGACCAGCCAAGCAAAAGAUGCCUCGCCUAUGUUCUUCCACGCGAAUAGCAUCAAGUCGCCCAAGGAGCCAGUGCCGCCACCGAAGCCACCGCAGAAGAAGGCACCCGUCUUCUUUCACGCAAACGGUGACCAGGCCAGUAGUCCUCGACGCCCUGGUAUUCCUUCGCCACCAACCUCGGCUGUGGGUAGACCGUCCUCAGCCGUUGGCAAGGCAUCGUCCAACGUUGGCAAAGUGCCCUCAACUGUUGGCAGGCCACAACUGGAGAGCAAAUUCCUGCAUGCCGACUCAACUCCAGAACUGCGAUCGCCACCCACACUGAGCCCAUCGAUGGUCGCAGCUGCACCGGACCUGCCACCGAACUCGAAUGCUCCACAUGGACCCACGGUCCGAGCCCCUUCGCCAACCAAGGAUUGGGGUCACCUGUCAUACCGCAAAGGUGCCUCACAAAUUAUGCGACCGAAUUUGCAUACCCGUAAUUCGGCUCUCUCUGUGCUAUCUGGGAUCAGUGUGACGGAAGAACCGGACAAUUCGCGAAGGCGGUCGAGCGUUACGUCGUCGCUCAGUAGACCGGGGCAUUACAAAAGCGCCAGUCUGUCAUCGAUCGACUCUGUCGCUGACCUGAGAAGGGUGCCCUCACACGAGGCCCGUGCUAACACACCAAGCCCCAUGUAUCAUGGCAAUCGGGUCGUCAGUCAUGGCUCAUCUGUGUCCGAUAACACAGCGCCUACGCCUUCGCCAUUGGCUAUUAGUCAGAAUGCUCUACCCUCACCGGGGCUGACAAGCCCCACGAAAGCUGCAGGAGGCCAAAGUGCGCUUGAGAUGAUGAACGAGCUGGCGGCAAACGCUCGACGCGAGCGUAAAGUCCUCGAUCUUGAGAUCAGCAACUCAUCCCUUCUCGCCAUCAACCGCUCACUAGAGAAAGAGAUGCGCAAACAAAAGGCAGAGCUGAAACGAUUUCGUCGAAUGAGUCGCGCUGGCCGCUUCUCGAUCGACGCUAUCGGUUCAACCCUGGACACCUUUACUACGAAGCGGGCCAGCGACCUUUCUGAUAUGUCCGAAGCAGAAGAAGAGGAAGAGGUAGAAGAAGAGGAAGAGGAGGAGUUGCCGUCCGAAGAGGAAAUGGAAAGCAGCGAGUCUUCGUUCGAUGAAAGUGUGCUGGGGAACAGCGUCCGAGCAGAGCGCGAUGAAGUGUAUCGCCUCAAGGACGAAAAGCGUCUUCAGCUGGACCUGGCAAAACACCGCGAUUUGCUGAUGGACAGUCAGAAGAUGAACGAGAGCCUCAAGCGAUGUCUAGGCUGGACAAAUCAGCUCAUCAAGGACGCACAGAAGGCUUUGGAUUACAAAGUCAGCGUCAGUGACGUCCGACUAGGUGGUCGCGUUCUUGUCACCGAGGAUGACGAGGAGAACAUUUCCGACCACGAAGAGGCCAGAGGUCUUCUCAGUCCUUGGAGCCCUCCACAACGCGCCGCCGAUACUCUAGACCCGCCUGUCCCCGACUUUGCACGAGCCGAGAAUCGUGACAGCGGCGUCGAUGUUGGCCAUGUGAAGCACGGCGCUCACGAUCUGCCGGAUGACUUCUUGCCACUGGGCUCACCUUUCGGUGACCAACUAUCUUACCUUCACACUGCCAUCGAGGCCUUCGAAGCAUCGUAG